AUGGAGGCUGAAAAGAAGAGUAAGACGAAGGGAGAACAAGAGAAAGGAGUCAAUAAAAAUCAGGUACAAGACCAUGGUAAAUCAGCUGCACAGGCUCCACAGCAAACUGAGCAAAGAGAAGACUGCAGACUUGGAGAAAUCACUACCCAGGUCCAGAUUCACCAAGAGCAGGAAGUUGGUGAUCAAGAAGAGCACUGGCAGUUCCAACGAAAGAAGCAGAACAAAAAUCAGGAACAAUUUUAUCCCAAGACUGCCUGGAGACCUGUCUCACCACAAAAAAAGGAGCCAAGAACAGCAAGCAGCAGGAGACACAACCAUCAGGAACUUCAAGAUACAAACAAUGAUGAGGAAGGUAACAGCAACAGGACAGUAGGGCAAGGACAUCAGACAAUGCAAGGAUCAGAUAAGGAUCCAUCUAUAAUAAAUCUUAACAAUAACACACCAAGAAAGCAGGUUGUAACCACUGAAAGCCAUAACACCCCAGGUAUUGACUCUCUAAUCCUAACCCCUAAUCCCCAGCAUACUACUGAUAUUAAUGCUGCUGAGGAAGCUGAUGGAGGUAUGGAAGGGAGGGUACAGGAGACACACACUAACUUGCAGGAAGGGGUAUCCAAAGGGGGGGGGGAAUUGACUCAUGUUCUGCAUGAGGUUGAGACCUAUGACCAUAGGAUUGACUCUAGAGCCCCUGCUACCCCUAUCUCCAUGCAAAGGAAAGCUGAUCAAUAUACAACUCAGGAAAGGAAAAAGAUGACUACUGAACCAGAACAACAGAGAGACAGAACCAACAAUAAAUCAGGAGGAAAGCUGAGUAAAAAGAAAAGAGAUGCAAUGAAAAAGAGGCAAGGAAAAAGAGGUGAUCUGGAACAGGGGUUAACAGAAAAAGGUCAGCAGCUAGAGAAACAGACAGAAACCAAAGUCAAGAAGGGGAGACCCAUACAAGAUGAUUAUGGAGCUCUGAACUCAGAAGAUGAGCUAGAUCCUGAUAAUCAAUCCAUAGAUGAAUAUGAUGAAGAGGAGGAGGAAACCAACAAUCUUCUAAUUCAAGCAUUUGGCUCAACCUUUAACACUGAAUGGUCUGAAGAGGUCCAGGAACUCACUGAGCAGCAAGGCUUGUCUCCCAGAGGGAGGAAGCAAAACAGAAACACCAAACAGCAGGCUACCACCAGUAUCUCUGCCACUGCUAGCAGGCCCAUCACAAGGUCCAAAUCCAAAGGUUUUUGA